UUUCGCGUGCGCCAUUUUAGCGCGUCUCGAGCCAUCCAGCAAGAUGGCGCUCUCGCUUUGUCUGCUCUGUUAUUCAUAAAAACAGUAUAUACAUUCAUAAUGCACUUAAACAGCCAGUGGAUCGAACGGACAGAUCGCAUUUGCUCGUGGUGACAAGUUGACAACAUCUGAGAGAUCUGCGCGUGACAUGAGCAUCUAGAUCCUGAGAUCCAGUAAGCUGAACACACUGGUUUCUAAACUUCAUGAGUUCUUGGGUCAUUCUCCAGACGAGGAAAACUUUCAAUCUCACAUUAAUGAAAUUUCUAAUGUUCAAAUGGCUUCCAAUGACUUAAACACGUCUGAUGAAAGAAUGAAUGAGCCUGGUUGUUCCACAGAUUUGACCAAGCCUUCAUCUUCACGCUCAAAAAGAAAACCUUCAUUUGUGACGAAGCACACAGCGGUAGAGGAGUGUGAGAGUGAAGGUGAACGUCCGGCAGCAGCUGACAGCGAACACAACAGUGUGGACGUCAAUAAACUACCACACGGGACGGUGGUGGUGAAGCCUGAACCGCUUGCUAAUGAAACUGAAGAUGAAUUCAAAGGUCCAGAAUUUCGUAACAGAGGAACAAGUAAAGUUAAAGAUGAAGCGUCACGGAAACGUCCUGAGGAAAAACUCCAGGAGAUUUUUAAUUGUACAGCAUGUGGACAGCAAGUGAAUCAUUUUCAGAGGGACUCGGUCCUUCAGCAUCCGGCUCUUCACGUUCUCAUCUGCAAGUCAUGUUUCAAGUAUUAUAUGAGUGAUGAUAUCAGCAAGGAUGACGAAGGGAUGGAUGAACAGUGCAGGUGGUGUGCGGAGGGAGGAAACCUGAUUUGCUGUGACUACUGUAGCAACGCCUUCUGUAAAACAUGCAUUUUACGCAACGUUGGACGGAAAGCGCUGUCUGUAAUUAUGAGCGAGGAAAGCAAAUGGCACUGCUACGUGUGCAAGCCUGAACCGCUGCAGGACUUGACCAAAACCUGUGAGAAAGUUCUGCUCAAUCUGGAGUCUUCUCAGAAGAGAAACAGAGGCGACGGUGACAAGACCAAACGCAAAGAGCGCAAACUCAAGCGUGGCAAACGGGAGACAGCGGCCGUUAACGGACAGGAUCAUUCAUCCGACGGAGCCGGCACGUUAGCCUUUUCCUACAAAACGCUGACCGUUCCUAAGGAACUGGUGAAAAAGACCAAGAAACUUGUCGAGACCACCAACGGUUUGAAUCGCACUUUCAUACAGUUUCUCCAAAGCACGUCGACGGGCCUGGAAGCUAACGCCUUAAGUUAUAGACACUUGAGGGCUUUCGGAUCCGUUCUGGCUGAUCUGAGAAAGGCCCACGUGGCUUUAGAGGAGUCUCUGGAGAAAGAGUUUGAAUCCAAAGGUCUUAAGUUUCAGAACGGAGAAGAGCAGCCGAGAACAGCCGACAGUCAGACUGCAGGUAAAGCGCUGGAAAACCAUCACAGCGACGGGGAAGAUGAUUUGGAUUCCACCGCUACACAUGAGAAUGCUCAGAUAGCCGAGGAGAAGCGGGAGGAGAGUCAUUCGGCUGAUGUUGAAAUGGAGACGGGAGAAGCUCAGGAGCAGUCCGGAGAAGAUCAAACCAAAGAGCAGAGUGUGACCGUAAGUCCUGAAGGUCAGAACAGCUCUGUGCCAGCUGAUGAAGCCGCUCUGGAUAAAGAUAUCGUGUCUGUACCGCCUUCUGUUCCAGAGGAACUCUUCGAGAUGGUCGAGAGUCUCGCUGUAAAGAAACCUAACGAAGACCACUCGGCUGAAUCUAGCGACGCCAAGUCCACGUCCAACGCUGAGGUGAAAGAUCCUGCCAAGGGUCUCGCCAAACUGGGUAAAAAGCUCGUAGUCAAGCUGACGCCCGUUCCUCUUAAAAUCACCAUACAGCGAGACAAAAGCAAAGAAUCGUCAGAGGACGCACCUCCACAGGAGAAGCUAAACAACAGACGCUCGCCCAGAAUAAAGACCACUCCCUUACGCAAGUCUCCAGAGGCCAAGAGCAAACAUAAAGCCAGAUCAAAGUCAAAAGAAGACGAGCGUGGUGUUGGAGUCAAGAAGGAAUGUGAUUCAGACUCGGAUGAAGUUCCUGAGAUCCUGCAGACGGCCGCUAUGAAGGCCAGCUCGGAUGAGAGUGACGCUGAUGAUGAUGAGGAUGCUGCUGGCAGGAAGAAGAGGUCAUCCAGCCGCUUGGCUGACAAGACCGUAAAACGCAAACUCAUCCGAGGCUCCUCCGACUCUGAGACCAGUGACAAGACUUCAAAGACUAAGAAACGAAACGGGAAAAAAAAGAAGGGCAAUGACUCGGACUCCUCCAACCACAACUCUGAUCUGGAGAAACAGAUGAAGAGUCUGAGCAAGCUCGGCAGCAGGAAGAAAACAUCCAUGGGUGUGAAAAAAGAAAAGAGUGAAUGCGGUAAGGAGGGCAAGAAGGGUCCUAAACGAUCAUUCGAGCGACUGCGCAGGUCACAGAAAGAAAAGACGGAUGCUAAACACGAUUCAUCCUCCAGUGAUGAUGAUGAUGAAGAACAGGCUGCCAACUCGGGAGAAGACAGCGAUCAACAGAAGAUCAAACCAAUCAUUGAAUCUGUUAUGGCAAACAUUGAUGGGUUCCAUCAGUCGUCAGGUGACGAGAUGGAUUUAAAGGCUGAAUCCUCACAGAUGCUGGAUGAUGAUGAUGACCCAGAGAACAGGAUUGCCAAGAGAAUGCUUCUGGCUCAGAUCAAAGCCAACUACUCAUCUGGAGCGGAGUCGUCAUCAUCAGCAGAAGACGACCUGGACCAAGAGACGACAAAGAAAGACAAAGAUGAUGAUGAGGACGCUGGCAAAGCAAAUGAAGAAGACGACGAGACGUCAGACUCCGGCUCAGAUGUUGACGUAAAGAAGCGUGGACGCCGUCAUCAUUUGCUGCGGAAGAAGCUGACGGUAAGCGAAGGCGACUCUGAUGAUGAGACAACAGCUAAAAGCAAGAAGGAGAGCAAUAAAAAAAGCCGAAGGAAAGGGGGCACUGAUGACUCUGCAGAUUCAGACUUUGAGGAGUCGGGUUCAGCCUCCAGUGACACCUCGGCCCUCAGUGAAGCUGUCAGUCUGGAUGAGGACAGCGAGGCGAGUAACAAACGCAAAACACGAUCAUCCAAAAAAUCCAGUAAGGACAAAGAGAGAAGCUACAAGAAAGAGAAGAAGAAACGACGGCGUAUUAAAGUUCAAGACUCAUCAUCAGAUGAAAAGAGCGGAGACGGGGAGGAAGAGGGGGACAGUGAUGAGAAAGGAACGCCCAAAGGCCGCAAGAAGAUCCGCAAGAUCCUUAAAGACGAUAACCUGCGGACAGAGACCAGAGACGCUCUGAAAGAAGAAGAGGAGAGGAGGAAACGCAUCGCCGAGAGAGAGAGAUUGAGAGAGAAACUCCGAGAGACGAUUGUAGUGGAGGAGUCUGCACAGGUCACAUGUCCCAUCACCACGAAACUGGUGCUGGAUGAAGAUGAGGAGACCAAAGAGCCGCUGUUGCAGGUUCACAGGAAUCUGGUGACCAAACUCAAACCACAUCAAGUGGACGGUGUUCAGUUCAUGUGGGACUGCUGUUGUGAGUCGGUGAGAAAGGUGGAGAAGUCUGGCGGCUCCGGCUGUAUUCUGGCUCAUUGUAUGGGUCUGGGUAAAACCCUGCAGGUGGUGACGUUUCUUCACACUGUUCUGUUGUGUGAGAAGUUGAACUUCUCCACGGCUCUGGUGGUUUGUCCUCUCAACACCGUGCUCAACUGGCUGAAUGAGUUCUCGAAGUGGCAGGAGGGCCUGAAAGACGAGGAGAGUUUAGAGGUGACAGAGCUGGCCACGGUGAAGAGACCUCAGGAGAGAGCGUACGCUCUGCAGCGCUGGCAGGAGGACGGCGGCGUCAUAAUCAUCGGUUAUGAGAUGUAUCGGAACCUGACGCAGGGCCGAAACAUCAAGAGCAAGAAACUGAAGGAAAUCUUCCAGAAAACUCUCGUCGAUCCAGGUCCAGAUUUUGUGAUCUGUGAUGAGGGUCACGUGCUGAAGAACGAAGCGUCUGCGGUUUCUAAAGCCAUGAACUCCAUCAGGACUCGACGACGAGUGGUGCUGACAGGAACCCCGCUGCAGAAUAAUCUCAUCGAGUAUCACUGUAUGGUGACCUUCAUCAAAGAGAAUCUGCUGGGUUCAGUGAAAGAGUUCAGAAACCGCUUCAUAAACCCCAUUCAGAACGGCCAGUGUGCCGACUCCACCUUCACUGAUGUCCGCGUCAUGAAGAAACGAGCUCAUAUUCUCUAUGAGAUGUUGGCCGGAUGUGUACAGAGGAGGGACUACACUGCUCUCACAAAAUUCCUGCCACCCAAACAUGAGUAUGUGCUGGCGGUGCGAAUGACGCCCAUUCAGUGCAAACUCUAUCGAUACUACCUGGAGCACUUCACAGGUGUGGGUUCUGCUCUGGAGGGAGGAAGAGGCCGCACGGGGACCAAACUCUUCCAGGAUUUCCAGAUGCUCAGCAGAAUCUGGACUCAUCCGUGGUGCCUUCAGCUGGACUACAUCAGUAAAGAAAACAAGGGAUACUUUGAUGAGGACAGUAUGGAAGAGUUCAUCGCUUCAGAGACGGAGGAGUCCUCCAUGAGUUUAACCUCUGAAGAGGAGAAACCCAAAAGAAAGAAGAAGCGUGGCAGAGGUAAAGAUCAGAGUUCAGAGAAUGACAGCGAUGAUCUGGAGGUGAUAAAAGAGUGGAACACCAGCUCUCGAGGAGGAAACCCCGAGGGACGGAACCGAGCCGAGCCGCCGCCGGAGGAGGUUCGGCCCUCGUCAAACACGGGUCCCGGCAGCCCGUCACCAGACUGGUACAAAGAGUUUGUGUCUGAGGCUGAUGCUGAAGUGCUGGAGCAUUCUGGGAAGAUUUCGCUUCUGUUUGAAAUCCUGCGCAUGGCUGAGGCUGUAGAAGAGAAAGUGUUGGUGUUCAGUCAGUCGCUCAUUUCUCUGGACCUCAUUGAAGAUUUUCUGGAGUUGGCGGGCAGAGCCAAAGAGGAAGGGAAACCUUCACCGUACAAAGGUGAGGGCAAGUGGUUCAGAAACAUUGACUACUACCGGCUGGACGGAUCCACUAAUGCCGUGACCAGAAAGAAGUGGGCAGAAGAGUUUAACGACACCAGUAAUGUUCGCGGUCGACUGUUCCUCAUCUCAACCAGAGCCGGUUCUCUCGGCAUCAACCUGGUGGCUGCCAACAGGGUCAUCAUAUUUGAUGCCUCGUGGAACCCAUCCUACGACAUUCAGAGUAUUUUCAGGGUCUAUCGCUUCGGUCAGGUGAAGACGGUGUUUGUCUACAGGUUCUUGGCUCAGGGAACCAUGGAGGAGAAGAUCUAUGACCGGCAGGUGGCCAAACAAUCGCUGUCUUUCCGUGUGGUAGACCAGCAGCAGAUCGAGCGUCACUUCACCAUGAAUGAGCUGACGGAGCUCUACACGUUUGAACCCGACCUGCUGGACGAUCCGUCUGAGAAGAAGAGCAAGAGAGCCACGCCCAUGCUGCCCAAGGAUCUUGUUCUGGCUGAACUCCUCCACAGUUUUAAAGAUCAGAUCGUUGGCUAUCACGAGCACGACUCUCUGCUGGAUCAUAAGGAGGAGGAGGCACUGAGCGAGGAAGAUCGCAAGGCGGCUUGGGCCGAGUAUGAGGCUGAGAAGAAGGGUUUCUCCGCGCGAUUCAACCAGCCGUCUUAUUCUCAAGCUGGCAUGGGACCGGCACCAGGCUACUUCCCCUUCAACGUGGCAGCCUUGGCCUCCAUGAGCAACCAACAGCUGGAGGAUUUGAUUAACCAGGGCAGACAGAAGGUGUUGGAAGCCACCAGCGCUCUGAAGUCCGUACCCAGAGAGCCUUUGGAGGACAUCAUCUCUCAGCUGUGGAAGGACAACCCCAAUCUGUCCGAGUCUCAGAUUCAGUCCAUGGCUCUGGGACGACAGGCCACCUGUGAGAUGGAGCUCAAGCACAGAGAGGCCAUUUACCGUGAUGUCCUCGGCAAACAACAAACCCUGAUGAUGUACGUGCAGAAGGUGAUCUCCAACCGGAAGGUCCAGGAGCAGCAGAUGGCCAUGGCGCGACAGGGGAUGCUGCUCAACCAGCUGGCCAUGCAGAACGGUCUGACGGGACCCAUGAGUCAGAUGGAUCUGCUGGGGUUAUAUCAGCAGCUCGGAGCCCUCCAGGGCCUGCCCAACCCCCAGCUGGGCAAGAACCCCGGCCCAUCCAAGGGUGUGUAGAUUGUAGAAGGGGCCACCAUUCGAGGAGAGAUGCCCAGACUUUGUUCAAGAGCAGUUUGUCAUUCUCUGUAUAUAGCCUUAAUGGUAUUCACCGUGGUUUUUUUCCUCACGUAUUUAAGAUUAAAGAAGAUAUUCUCCCCAAAAUGCUUUUAGGCAUUGCGAGUUUGUUUCCCUUACAUAAGGGCUGUGCAUAUAUAAAUAAUUCUUUUGCGAGGAAGACUGAAGAGGGACCACGGCGUUUCCGUGUCAGAUGUUGGUCCGGUCAGUGUGGUCUGUCACGGGUGCUUCAGAGACACUGUGACGGACAGCCAGAAGUCAAAUGGCCUUAUAUCAUGCAGCUAGUUCUCUUCGGACCUUUUAAAAACCCCUUUUCUAAUCUGCUUUUAGCUAUUUAAAAGCUGUUAUUGUUGUUGUUGUUUAUGUUAUGGAAUGUCUGUGUUAUUGAAACUGCUUGCUGAAUUCCUCUGGACUUUUCUAGCAUCACACUUUCUCGUUGUAGUGUUGCUUAGCAUAUCGAUGUGAGUACUGUUCAUGGUUUUUCUAUUUUUGAUCUUUUCGUUCUUUUGUUGUUGUUUUUUUGCCCACUGGAGUGGGUUGGCACCUAGGCAGCCGCCGGUGUCUGGCGGCAGGACUUGCAGUAGUUACAGUACAUGUUUGCGCAGUUUAACUGGAGUUGGACCUGUUCUGAUGGGAUGGGAUGAUGAUGCUCGACUGGCGCUCGGGCUGUAUUGUUCUCGUCUUUGGCACAUCUCCACAAGUCGAUGUUUUUCACUGGCGACGAUCCACACAGGGUGUCAUUCAGAAAUGCAGAGGAACUUUUUCCCUCCUGUUCUUCUCGUUACAUCUACACCAACAGUUUCUGACAUUUAAUAUGAUCUGAUCUGAUCUGCUACUUAGUAUUUAAUAUCGCAGUUAAAGAAUAAAGUGACCAAAAGGUUGAGGAACAUG